GAGCGAGCAUGAACUAGAGGGAGAGAGCCAGUACACUGUGUUGAAUGUUCAAUGUGUCAAGGAGAGAGGGAGAGCAAAAUGAAAUUGGUUCCAUGAAAUCUGUGUGACUCAAACACAGCCUUCUCUGUGUGAGAGGGAGGGAGAGAGAGGGAGAGAGAGAAAGGGAGAGCAGGCGGCAGGGAGAGAGGGAACAGAGGACUACAAAGAAUGAGGCGAAGACAAUCACUCUUAUUUGCCGAAUCAGGAACCAGAAGACAUCGUCGUAGUCUAAAAGAGACGUAACAUUUUUUUUCAGAGUACACGGCUCUGAAGCACAAGGUGACAGAGAGGCAGACAGGGCUGUGAAACAAACAGCAUGCUGUAAAGAGCAGCUGUAAACUUCAGUGUGUGUGUGCAUGCGUGCGUGCGUGCGUGUAUGCGUGUGUGUGUGUCUGUGUGCGUACGUGAAGAGGGGUUAGUACAGUAGUUUUAUAGGGAAAUUGCACACCUUUUACUGCAGCCAUGUGGCAACGGUGCUCGGGAGAAGCAGUGGAGCAGUAGAACACUGAGCACAUUGUGACAGAGCGGUGGCUACAGGUAACGGCCAGAUAUCGCCGCGCAGUCAAACGGCACAGGACACAGCAGUGGAAGGUUUUACUUGGAGCCAGACGGUGCCCCUGGUGGUGAGACGAUGACAUCGCACGGGAAACUGAAGAAGGAGAAAGGGAGCCUGGCAGAGUAUGACACCCAGAUUAAAGAGGUACGCAAUCAGCUCUCGGAGCAGCUGAAGGUUCUGGAUGCGCAGCUGGAGCAGAAAACGCAGCAGCUGCAGGACAUGAGUGACUACCUGCGCCGACGGGGGGAGAUUGAGGGGGAGUACGCUCGGGCACUGGACAAGCUGACCGAGCGCUUCACCACCAAAGUCAAGAGGAAGGAGCAGAGUGAGCAGUCUGUGGCUCAGUGCUGGUCCGUUCUGCUGGCCCAGACCCGGCAGGAGAGCCGGGACCACGGAGCCACCAGCGAGUACUGCAGCAACAACCUCACGCAGAGGCUCUCCCACUGCAUGGAGGAUACGCACCGGCUGGCCAAACGCAGUAAGGAAGUAGGGCUUCAGAUGCAGGAUGAGCUUCUCAAGGUCACCUCGGAGCUACAGCUGGCACUGAAGUCCUAUCACCAGUACCACUCUGACUACCUAUCUGCAGAGGGCAAGCUCAAGGAGGCCACGCGAUUGGAGGAACGAAAGACUGGCAAAAGCACUGACCUGGGAGUCAUCAGCCAAUCAGCAGGGCAGAGGCGCAGCUCAGUCAAGAAAAUUGACAGGCUGAUGGAAAAGAGACAGGGGAAAGUCCAGGAGAUGCAGUUGAAGUGCACUAAAGCUCGGAAUGACUACCUGCUGAGCCUGGCUGCUGCCAAUGCCUCCAUGAACAAGUACUAUCUGCAGGACAUCUGCACUCUCAUCGAUUGCACGGACCUGGGCUACCACCUCUCGCUGUCGCGGGUGAUGCGUGGAUUUUUGUCCAGCCGGCAUCGGGUCCAGGAGAACCUGAAGAACGGACUGCAGCAGCUGGAGAGUGCUGUGACCGGGCUGGAUCAGAACCAGGACCGGGACGCCCUGCUGCAGGCGCACAACGCCACGUUCUGCCUGCCCUUCCGAUUCCAGCACCAGCCUCACGAAGGGGACGAGGUGUGUGAGGUUAGUGCAGAAUGCCAGGUGAAAUACGAGCUGGAGACUCGAUUCCAGCAGUUGCAGUCCAGACUGGCGGUCAUCACCCUAGAGACGGAGGAGGCCAAUAAAACACUGCGAGCAACUUACACUGCCCUCAUGGACAACAUCUCUGAUGAUGACUGCAACCCCGCCCCUGACAACGCCGUAGGCCAAUCGCAGGAGGGCGACGCCGCCAGCAGCAAACUGAGCAUGCUCAAACGGCGAGCCAAUCAGCAGGAGACAGAAGGAUACUACUUCACUAAAGUGAAGGAGCACCUCAGUGGAAAUUCUCUCAUCUCUAAGCUGCAGGCCAAACACGACCUGCUGAAGGAGGCUAUACAGAAAGCUGAAGCAGUUGACAGUGACCCCUCCAGAACACACUCCAGCAGGUCGAUGCGUGUGAGGAAGUCUCGGCCCUUCUCCCAGUACAACCACAAACUCUUCACUGGAGACAUGGUCUCCUUCAUCCAGAGCACCGGCCAGCCCAUCCCCCUGGUGGUGGAAAGCUGCAUCCGUUUCAUCAACCUUCACGGUCUCCACCAUGAGGGGAUAUUCAGAGUGCCAGGAUCUCAGAGUGUGGUGGCCCAGAUCAGGGAUGCCUUUGAGAGAGGGGAGGACCCCCUGACAGACAGUGACUGUGACAUCGACUCUGUGGCCGGGGUGCUGAAGCUGUACUUCAGAGGCCUGGAGAAACCGCUUUUCCCCGAGGAGAACUUCAGCCAGCUCAUGGAAUGCGUCCAGAUCGAGAGCGAGACAGAGAGAGCAGCGCACGUGAAGUCAGUCGUCUCCUCCUUUCCCCAGCCCGUCAUCAUUGUUAUGAGAUACCUCUUUGCCUUCCUCCAGCACGUGUCCCAGUACAGUGAUGAGAACAUGAUGCAGCCCUACAACCUGGCGGUGUGCUUCGGCCCCAGUCUGCUGAGGGGGGCGGAGACGGGCGACGCCGUCACCCUGCAGCCCCAGAUCAAUGCCCUGGUCAAGACCAUGAUCCUCCAGCACGAGGUCAUCUUCCCCGGCCCCCAGGAGCUGCAGGGGCCCAUGUACGAGAAGUGCAUGACCCUGGAACAGGAGUACUGUGAGCCAAUCACAGAGGAGGGGGAUGGAGAGUCUGAACACGGACACAGUGAGGAAGAUUGGGAUGCUGUGGCCAUGUUUGAUUACGCUGCUCGCUCACCAGCAGAGCUGUCAUUCAAGCAGGGCGACCAUAUCCUGCUGCACACCAAGGCAUCUUCCGAUUGGUGGAAAGGUGAAGUGGGUGGAGUCAAAGGGCUCAUCCCUCACAAGUACAUCAGUGUAUCUGAUGGGAGCGGUCAUCGAGGAAGGAGGGACGACAACCGAGGUGGCAGCACGGGGAAUCUGAGUGAGGAGAAGCAGCUGGCUGAGCAAGGCACCCGGCUGAGGGUGAACAGCGACAGCGCGUCUCUCCCGGGCAGACAGAGAGCGGGCAGUAGUGGCAGUCCUGUGCGUAAACUGCCCCUGCAGCUCCCGGCUGAGGGCCGGCUCAUUCUGCCCCACUCGCCGGGGCUCGGACGCCAGCAUGCAGGGUCCCAGGAGAGGAGGAACACUCUGGAGACUGUAAGACAGAUGGGUGCAGCGGAGAGACCGACAGUCCAGGUCGACAGGGAGGUGAGCCGACAGAUGAAUUCGGUUUUUAGGGAGCUCCUCGCCCGCCAGCCUGGCCUCGGCCCGCCCCUUCCUGCCCCGGCUGCGGCGUCCUCCCCGCCCUCCUCCAUGCCCCGCUCCGCCCCGAAGAAGGGCGGCUUCGGCCUGAGGGGCAGGGGCCUGUUCAAACCGGCCGACCAGCAGGACUAACCGGGCCAGGAGGCGGUUUAAACUGGGAGUUAUCCAUUACCAGUGACUCCUGAGCUGUACGAUUUUAUUUCGUCUCUUCUUCCAGAUGUUUUUCGAGAGUUGUAGUGUCUCCGUUUUUCAUUUCAUGUCAGGGUCAGUGCAACGCAGUGCCAUUCAGUGCAGUCUCCACCAUCGUACUACGCUCCCACACGGCUGUGUCUCUUGUCUAAGAUCCAUCAGUGUGAGGUAGAUGUGUAGUCCUUCUAUGGGAAAGGGCUACAGUAUAAUAUCCUCUGUAAUUAUGUAUAUAAAAGAGAGGGAGCGUGAGAGAAGGGAGAGGUGAAAGAUAUUUCCAUAUUCUUCUGACAGCGAGUUGGUGUUUGCCAUCUUCCCCAGUUUUUAAAAAAGCAAGAUGUCACAGAAGACUGGAACCAACCAUGCCAAGGCUUACAGACAUGUUUCCAUGCAAUGGUACCAAUAAAUGUAACAAUAACUACAAUUAUGACUAAGCUGGAUAUCACUUGCUUGCUUCAAACCAGUGAACCAGUUUUAUUGAUGUACAUGCCCGUCAGUCAACACACACAAGCAUGAACAGCACCCAGCAGUGAUGAAAUGUUAUCUCGUCAUUUAGAAAUGUGUUUUGAAAAUGACUUCAAAUGAGUUCCAUGUCGAUGGUUAUUGUUUUUUUUUCCUCAAUCGCUGUAGUGUACAUGUACACAUGUGUAUUGCUGUGAAUUUGAAUGGUUUUCAUAACGUAGUUAUUAUCACAGUUAUGGUUCCAGAGUGGAGUGUGACUGAGAGGUUCCGGUGAAGCACAUAGCUGAGGCACACUGAGGUAAACAGUGGUUGACAGGGAGCAGCACUUGAACACAUUCCUCAGAACAUGUUGCUUAAACUGGAAAAACGGCACAUUGUAACUUUUGAACGCAGUACAAGUGUAUCUUUAUUUUUCUUUAUUCAGAAUAUUGCUUUUGUUCUAAAUGGAAAUCAUGUGUGGCAUUUAGGUGAUUUUACUGAUGAUUUGUGUCAUGUGUGCAGUGCUUCAUAUGGUGCCAAAACAAUAUGGACCAGGUUCUGUGCAUGUUUAGAGACUUUCUCCAACUAGUUUUGUGGACAUUUAAAGAAAAGGUGUGGUUUGUUCACCAUGAGAAUUCGGGUCUGGCCAAGGUGCAGUAGGUACAUUUCUAGGGCAGGUACUGAGCACACCUGAACCCCAUUACCGGCUUUAAACGUACCCAGAAUGCCUCUGGAGUGACAGAGACCAGACAAACUUUUCUAAAAUAUGCUCACAUUUUUUUAUUGGCCAAGCACAAGGGGAACAUAGACACCCUUCUGUUUUUGCGUGCGUGUUUUCUUUUUCUGAAUUUAUUUAGGGUACUUUGUAAACACCCUGUUAUUGGGGUGCCCGAGCAUGGGAGUUUUGUGCAAUCUGUUUUAUUGCCAUUUUGUUCCUCAAAUGCCUGUAAAACCAUUGAGAAGUUAUUACAGAAUUUGGGAAGUUUGUAGUGGGGAGACGGCACAGGAAGAUGCAUUUGAGCCAAAAUGGAGGCUUUGCCACUGGCCCUUUAAGGUGCUUAGUGCUAACAGAGUUUUUUCCACUGCAAACCCUUCUUCAUCCCUCCAUCCGCUUUCAUGCUGCUUCCUUUGGUCCAAGUUAAAUGUAAAUUGUCAGACGAAGGCAGACAGUGGCUUUCAGAUAGCAGAGACUGGCCACAUGGGGGCCUGCAACAGAAGAUGGUUUACACUGGUGGCUCCAUCUGUGUUGGUCCUCACUAUGAAAAUACCCUUUUAUGAGAUUUUCUGCCAAAAAAAGCUGUGUACUAUCUUGUUUGAGAUGUGCAAUAUAAUUUUAGGGAUGCCACCAUAGAGCAGUUAAUUUGUGGCGCUUGCACCCAAUAUGAAAAUGAAUAUGUUGUUUGCAGUCCAUCAGUGACAAACAAAUGAUGUGGAUUGAGGUCCCAAAGGUUAAACUCAUUGUGCUGGCCCCCAAAAAUUGUUCUGCGUUGCUACUUAACUUUUUAUUGGUUUAAAAGAAUGUUUUAUUUUGUUUUUCAUGUGUUAUUUUGCCUUUAUUAUAUUUUAAUUUACUACAUGUCUCUUUUUUAUUAAUCUAUGACUAUAGUGCAGUGAAAAAUAAAUAACGUUUACUGUUUAAAAUGUAUUGUUCAGAGUAAACUAAGAGUGGCAGAAAAGCCGAAUGGCUCGGUUUUAUGUAAUGUCAUUCACAGCAGCCCUUGAGAGAAGAUUAGCCCUGUAUUUCGGGGGAGAACUCAGACCUUGGUGUCACUUGCACACCACUGUUUAAGUACCCGGCCUGGUGGCAGGCAGAUUGACAAUAACACAUGCGCUUUCUCUGAGGCCAUCUUCCUGCUGGGCUAGGCUAGGCUAGGCUAAGCUGGGCUAUGCUAAGCUGGGCUAGGCUAGGCUAGGCUAAGCUGGGCUAGGCUAGGCUAGGCUCUCAGGCCAGCGUGUCACUGAGAGACGCAGGGUCCAGACCCAGGGCUGAGUGAAGCACACAGAGAGCAAGAGAGAAAAAAAGAGAGAAAUAUACACACUGUGAAAAAAAAACGAAUAGAGGGGAAGAUCCUGUUCCUCCAUUUUCUGAGCCACAACACAGUAAAUCACCAGUGUCUGCGAUCCACAUACUUUUUCUCUCCUCCUUCUCUGAUGACUAUCACUCAAAUUAUUGUUGUUUAAGAAAUAAUAAUGUUAAUAAAUGAUAUAGAUUCUGA